AUGAAAUACAUACGGUACGUAGGAUUUGUGGAAUUACUGGUCGUAGUGGAGAAAGCUGUCUGUUCCAUAAACAUUGCUAGUGGCAAAGGCAAGACAUUAGAUGAAGGAAAACUUGACGAAUGCGACAUUGUGAAGGAGAUAGAUACGAGAGAUUCGAAGCUUAAGUGUAAUGUAUUUAAUCUUCCAUAUAUUGCAACAGAGAAUUUACGUUAG